CUGGGUCGAAACGUCAAGAAAAAGGCGUGAAGGAUUGCAAUCACCGCCUACCUUGUUUGUAGAGUCACAAGGGCGUAAGGUGAAGACUCAAUUGAGUACACGAGGAGUCAUUGUGGCUUUCUUGUUGGUUGAGCGGUUUGCCAGAAUUGCAUAAAUAGUUAGCGGUAGGUUCUUUGUUGUUGCCUGAUCAUACCAUCUCGAAGUAGCAGCUUUUGCAGUCGAUCUAACUGUACUGUUGACCUUGUACCUGUGGAUGAUUGUCAGACCAUUUGAAUCCUUCUUCAUCUUCUGUCAGAUAUAGUAUCUGCUGCAUCGCCAAGUUUGAACGACAUCACAACUCUCUACCAUUCUAGUCGACAAAACCACAACACAGAUCCACCUGGAAAUCAAACAUUUAUCGACUUGACAAGAUGCCUUCCAACCCCUUUACCCGCCUCACAUCCUCUGCUGGUUCUUCAGACACCGCCUCAAUCAACACAACAUCCUCCACAUCAUCACUGGCAAAACUGCUAAAGAGGAACCCAUUCUCUUCAUCCUCUUCCACCACCACCUCUGAUACAACUUCGACCGCCGCCUCCACAUCAGAUACGACGACCAAAGCCAAACCAGACAAGAAGGAAAAGUCAGCACUAUCCCCAGGAGAAAAGCAAAGGAUCAAACAACAAGAUCGUAUGAGUAUGCAGGCACUGGCGACUCAUGCAGCUUUCAAGUGAUGCAUUUGUGCAAGACGAAGACAUGUCGACAAAUCCCCCGACUAG